GGGGAGUAUAUAAACACUGAUCACUUCGACCAUAUAUGAUCCUGACUUCUUCAUCUCUGGUAAUCAUACAGCCAUGUCUACUACAGCUCCAUCAAAUGCAGCACCAAUGCUGAAAGACUUGAACACUGAACAAAUUAGAGACAUCCAAGAGGCCUUCUCAAUGUUCAUCAGGACGUCCAAGGGUGAAAUUUCACUUGGUCAGUGUGGCGACGUGAUGAGGGCUUUGGGUUUGAAUCCUACCAAUGCAGAAGUCUCUAAAGUGCUUGGGACGUCAGAUCCAGAGGAGCUUCAAUCCAAAUUGGUCGACUUUAAGACCUUCUUGCCCAUGUUCCAGCAAAUCUCAGCAUCUUCAAAACAAGGCAAAUACGAGGACUUCGUGGAGGCGCUACGCCCGCUGGACAAGGAAGGCAACGGCACAAUCAUGUGUGCUGAACUCCGCCAAAUACUUCUCACGCUCGGUGAAAGAUUAUCUGUGGGUGAAGUGGAGCGGGUUUUUGCAGGACAGGAAGAGUCGGAUGGCUUCAUCAGCUACGAAGCUUUUGUCAAGCACAUCAUGUCUGAAUGAAUGACAGACAGUUGCUGCCUGGGGAUGACAUCGACUAUCAAGUUCAUCUGUUCUUGGUGAAAGUCUCUCAAAUAAAUCAUAGUUGCAUCAUAUGUCUUACAGUUGAUUAAUUAUAGGUUAUGAGAUGUAUAAAAUGCUGUGAGUUUAAAUGAGAUUAAAAUAUUUUUUAAAACUGUAA